UGAGGAUUAACUGUCCAGAAUGAAGAUACUCCAUGUUGUCUCCUGCUGUCUCCUCUCAGCUCUCUGUGUUGUGGAGUCAGCCAUCACUAAGGUGACUGGAGUUGUUGGGGGAAAGGUCACAAUUCGGUGCUCACAUGCAGAUAAAUGGUUUGGAAAAAGCAAUGACAAGUACUUCUGUGGGAAGAAAUGUGACAGUUACAACGACGUUCUGGUUCAAACUCAGAAGAACAAUAACUAUAUUGAGAGAGGAAGAUACGCCAUACAUGACUAUAGAGAUGGAGACUUCACUGUUACCAUUAAGAACCUGAUGAAGUCCGACUCAGGGACCUACUGGUGUGGAGUGGACAGAUCUAUAAAAGAUUCAUACCAAGAGGUGCAUCUCAUAGUUACAGAUGCUCCUCCUAAACCGUCAACUGUCACUUCCAGACCUCAUGUCUCCACAACCCUCACAAACCUCUCUGCAACAUCCCCAAACCUCUCUUCAACAUCUUCUAACAUCUCUACAACAUUUCUGGCAUCUGGAGACAUCAGUGGUCACUCUUCAUCAAGAGCAGAUUCUCCUCCCUCAGACUACUCUCCUGGUGCAGGACAGAAUCAGAGUUCUGGUCGGAUGGUGUGGACCAGUGUUGGUCUGGUAGUCAUGGUGACAGUGUUAGGACUGGUCCUGCUCCUGUUCUACAGACAGAGGAGAGGAACCAGGAGAACACCACCACCACCACCAGUCUCCUCCAACACACAACCUGACCCUACGGGAGAGGUUGACUGUGUGUAUGAGGAGAUCAGAGAGGCAGAAAGACAGACAGACACACUCCCUGUGGUCAUCUCUUCAGUCUACUCUACUGUCAACUCACCUACCAACUCUACAACCUAUCCUGCCAAGACUCUACAACCUACCCUGCUGGCCAAGCCUCUACAACCUACCCUGCUGGCCAAGACUCUACAACCUACCCUGCUGGCCAAGCUUCUACAGCCUACCCUGCUGGCCAAGACCCUUUAA